AUGCAUCUUGGAUCGAUAACAUCGUUCUCAUGUCUACUAGGGCUAUCCUCUCUGGUAUCAUCCGCUCCGAUCGUCACAACAGAAGGUGCUACGAGAUCAGACAUCUUGAUCAGCAAGGACAACACACUUAAUGCCACGACGUAUUCCAACGACACAGUGACAGAAACAGCAUCGUUAUAUUCCAACGACACAACGACACAAGCAAUAUCGAUACCAGACACUUACCCAGUCCCCGCCAAUGGACGAAACCUGACGGCUCAGUCAUAUCUCCACCCAGACUACAAUGGAACGAGAGCGAACACCAAUGGCACAUAUAAUGUCGAAGCCAUUGCCGCCGCUGCAGACGGCAGGCUACAGCUCAAGUUUAUCAACAAUUGGCAUACGCAGAACCUCAUGGUCACCAUUUCUGGCCUGGACGAGAAGGGUUCUUUCAUCAUGCUGGGUCAAAAUGGCCAAUGGGUCUAUCCAACCACAUCUUCUGCAACGCCGGUGCCCGUCAAGGACAACAUUGCAAUACCCAUCGGCAAGCCAAACUCAACAUUACCGAUCACGCUUCCUGGGUACAUCUCCAGCUCGCGUGUCUGGAUCUCUGAGGGUCCGCUCAAGUUCUACAUUGUGAAAACACCCACGGGUACUGGGCUUGUUGAGCCUGCAGCUGUCAACCCAAACGACGCGAAUUCGCAGAUCAACUAUGCUUUUGGUGAACUCACUUGGACCAAGGCAUCUGGUCUCUGGGCCGACAUCACUGCUGUUGACUUUGUUGGACUUCCACUUGGCAUCGACAUGAUGGAAGCGAGUGGCAAAAACCAUUCGGUCUUUGGCACACCAGCGAACGCAGCCACCGCUCUCUGCGAGGGACUCAAAGCACAGAAGGAAAUCGACGGCAGACCAUGGGAUCAACUUUGCACAUACAAACCCAAUGGAGAGCUCAUCCGCGUCCUGGCACCCAACCUCAUACAAUCACAAAACAAGGCUGCUUUCGGCACAUACUUCGCUAAAUACGUCGACGAUGUCUGGAACUACUACAAAACCCACGACCUCACCAUCAACACACAAGCUAAACCCGGCAACGUCACAUGCCGCGUCACAGGCAGCACCCUCAAUUGCGCCGGCGACAACCGCGGCUACCCCAAACCCAACAACGUCGACAUCUUCGGCUGCAACACAGGUCCCUUCACCGUCCAGGCCGGCGACAACGAGGUGCAUCAGGCCGUCGUCCCACGUCUCUGCGCCGCUUUCAAUCGCGCCUCGUUCUUGAUCCCAGGUGGUAAUAUCCAGCCUGCUCUGGGCCCAAGGCACUACUACGCCGCAGACCAGAAACGAGCCGUGGACACAAGGCCUAUGAACCAUUACAGCAGACUUGUACAUGAGAUGGAAGUUGACCAGAAGGGAUAUGCCUUCUCGUACGAUGAUGUGUCGCCGAGUUAUGGGGAGGAUCAGGCGGGACUUGUUACGAGUAUGACGCCGAAGAUGUUGACUUUCAUCGUGGGUGGGUCUGGAUGA